GCCAGCCAGCCUGCGGAGACCCGGGUCCCGCGCCGGAGCUGGGCUGGGGGCAAGCAGCCGGGGCGGACCCGGCGGCGCCCAGGGCGGCCCGGGCGUUGGGAUGAAGGCGCCGCGGCGCGCGUGAGGAGGAGGAUGCGGCAGCCGGCGCCGCGGCGGCAGGGGGAGUAGGCGGUGGAGCCCCCGGGAGGGAGGUGCGCUCGGGGCCAGACGGCUCCGGAGGCUCCGCAGUGCCGCCGCCGUCGCCCGGGAGGCUCCGCGCGGGAGCCAUGUAACCCUGCGGCGGGCUCCGGGCUGCUCCGUCCUCCCCAGCUCCCGGGAUAGCGCGCCAGCGGGACCACGAUGAAGAAGCAGUUUAACCGCAUGCGCCAGCUGGCCAACCAGACGGUGGGCAGGGCAGAGAAGACUGAAGUUCUGAGCGAAGACCUUCUUCAGGUGGAGAAGCGGCUGGAGCUGGUGAAGCAGGUCUCCCACAGCACACACAAGAAGCUCACGGCAUGUCUGCAGGGCCAGCAAGGGGCGGAGGCCGACAAGCGCUCGAAAAAGUUGCCUUUGACCACACUGGCUCAGUGUCUGGUGGAAGGAUCAGCUCUCCUGGGAGAUGACACGCUUCUUGGGAAGAUGCUGAAACUCUGUGGCGAGGCGGAGGACAAGCUGGCCCAGGGGCUGAUUCAUUUCGAAUUGCAAGUCGAGAGAGACGUGAUCGAGCCCCUGUUCCUGCUGGCUGAGGUGGAAAUCCCGAAUAUCCAGAAACAGAGGAAACAUCUAGCAAAGCUGGUGCUGGACAUGGACUCUUCACGAACGAGGUGGCAGCAGACUUCCAAGUCUUCGGGUUUGUCCAGCAGCUUACAGCCUGCAGGUGCCAAAGCGGAUGCCCUCAGGGAGGAGAUGGAGGAGUCUGCCAACAGAGUGGAGAUUUGCAGGGACCAGCUGUCGGCUGACAUGUACAGUUUUGUGGCCAAAGAAAUUGACUAUGCAAACUACUUUCAGAUGCUCAUAGAAGUGCAGGCCGAGUACCACAGGAAGUCGCUGACGCUCCUGCAGGCCGUGUUGCCUCAGAUAAAAGCACAGCAGGAGGCCUGGGUGGAGAAACCUUCCUUCGGGAAGCCCCUGGAGGAGCACCUCCUGAUCAGUGGCCGGGAGAUUGCCUUCCCUAUCGAGGCGUGUGUGACGAUGCUGCUGGAGUGUGGGAUGCAGGAGGAGGGCCUCUUCCGAGUAGCCCCAUCUGCCUCCAAGCUGAAGAAGCUGAAGGCUGCCCUGGACUGCUGCGUGGUGGACGUGCAGGAGUGCUCAGCAGAUCCCCACGCCAUUGCAGGAGCUUUGAAAUCUUACCUCCGGGAGCUGCCAGAACCUCUGAUGACUUUUGAGCUCUACGAUGAGUGGAUCCAGGCUUCUAACAUCCAGGAGCAGGACACGAGGCUCCAGGCUCUGUGGAAUGCUUGUGAGAAAUUGCCCAAGGCCAAUUACAACAACAUCCGAUACUUGAUCAAGUUUUUAUCCAAACUCUCAGAAUAUCAAGAUGUCAACAAGAUGACUCCCAGUAACAUGGCAAUUGUCUUAGGACCCAACUUGCUGUGGCCACAAGCAGAAGGGAACAUCACGGAGAUGAUGACCACAGUCUCGCUGCAGAUCGUCGGGGUCAUCGAGCCCAUCAUCCAGCACGCAGACUGGUUCUUCCCCGGGGAGAUAGAGUUCAACAUCACGGGCAAUUACGGGAGUCCGGUGCACGUGAACCACAAUGCCAACUACAGCUCGAUGCCCUCCCCAGACAUGGACCCUGCCGACCGGCGCCAGCCCGAGCAGGCCCGCCGGCCCCUCAGCGUUGCCACGGAUAACAUGAUGCUGGAGUUUUACAAAAAGGAUGGCCUUAGGAAAAUCCAAAGCAUGGGCGUGAGGGUCAUGGACACGUCGUGGGUGGCUCGAAGAGGCUCCUCGGCCGGCCGGAAGGCGUCCUGCGCCCCGCCCACCAUGCAGCCCCCAGCCCCAUCCGCGGAGCUCGCCCCGCCCUUGCCGUCGCCCCUCCCGGAGCAGCCCCCCGACGGCCCCGCGGUGCCCGCGCUCUCUCCAUCCGGCCUCGGCCUCCAGCCUGGGGCUGAGCGGAUCAGCACUUCUAAAAGCAAGGAACUUUCUCCAGGAUCUGGGCAGAAAGGAAGUCCAGGUUCCAGCCAGGGGACGCCCAGUGCAGCGAUGCAGCCGGGCGCCAGCCCCAGCCCGCUGCCCGCAGACCAGAGUCCUCACACCCUCCGGAAGGUGUCCAAGAAGCUGGCGCCCAUUCCGCCCAAGGUCCCCUUUGGCCAGCCGGGGUCCCUGCCUGAGACGCCUGCCGGCCAGCCGUCCCCACUCAGCCUGUCCCCCACGCCCCCCAGCACCCCAUCACCCUACGGACUGAGCUGCCCCCCGGGGUACUCCCUGGCCUCGGGCCAGCUCUCCCCGGCGGCCGCGGCGCCCCCGCUGGCCUCCCCCUCCGGCUUCGUGGGCGCUCUCAGCAAGUCGCGGCCCACUCCGAAGCCCCGGCAGAGGCCCACGCUGCCGCCCCCCGAGCCACCCGCCGUCAGCCUCACAGCCUCCAGCCCGCAGUCUGAGCAACCCGCGCUGGACGGCGUGUCCCCCGGGGAGAGCAUGUCCACAGAUCUGGUCCACUUGGACGUCCCCUCCAUCCACGCGGAGCUGGGCUCGGCGCUGCGCCUCGGUCCCCGGGAGCUCGUGCGGCGGCGCUCAGUGGCUGAGAAGAGGGACCCGGCGGAGUCCGAGAGCACGGCCCUCUGAGCGGCGCCGCCACACGCGUGUUCCCGCGGCUCCGUGCCGUCACGGCCGCCGCGAGGCUGGAGCGUGGCGGACACCCGUGUGGCAGGUGUCGGCCGCGUGGAUUUUGUGCGUUCCCUCCGGGUGGGGACUCUGGCCUUUUGUUUGAUCUUUGCCUUUCGACUUUGUGCCUAUUUUGACCCCCUUUCAGCCUCCACGCCAAGUGACAGCCCCGUCCACCCAAGGGCCUGUGUCUCAGAAACGUCCUCCGCGGGGUGGGGCGUGGAGGGCCCAGCGGCCGGUCCACCCUGGCUGCCUGUCGCCUGAGCUGACGGCCACGGCGAGUCCUGCGCGACCAGCCUGAUGGUACAGAGCGGGGACGGGGUGGGGGGCUUGCUUACAGGAGCCGAGAAGCCCGGGGCCCUGACCGGCCUGCUGCUUCGCAGGGGAGGGCGAACCUUCAUCUGUGGGCUCUACAGGUAAUGGCUAAAAACGACAUCUGACAGUUUUACUUCUCCACGCCGUGGACUGAAGCUCCCUUUCCUAUCUUAUGGUUUUCUAUUUCUGAAUUUAAAGAGGGUCCUAAGGUAGCUCCCCAGGCCGCCCCCCUUCCCCCCGAACACUAGGUGUAGCUAAGUGCAGCCGCCCAGGAGCAUCGGGGCAUCCAGGGCACGAAGAUGUGGGGUCGCCUCUUUCUGGAGGUCCCAGGUGAAUAGCAAUAACCCUGUUACCCGAAGCUCAGACAGGAAGGGGAAACCAGCCCGCGGAGACCCCAGGCCUGUGCCCUCGGCCCUGCGGCGUGGAGAGCUUUGCUCACCCUCCCCACGAAGGCCCCCCCCCCCAGCCCUCGGGGAGGAGACCCGGGGAGCCUGGUCACAGCUGGGAUGAAGGGAGAGAGAAAUAGAUUCGGGUCAUGCAUGCGAAGCCCAACCUUACAGUUUUAUCCUUUUACAAUAGACAGGCCUAUACAGGAUAUAAUAUUUGUAUAUAUGAAAUCUAUAUUUGUUUAAUUUGAGCCAUUCACCCCAAAUCCAUGUACAGGUGUACAAUGAGAAACUUAAAUGCUUAUUUUUCCCAACAGAAAGUGUAAACUAACCCUCCUCCGACAGUGGGAUUUGCCAACUUUCGACGUUAACGGCUUUGCUCGCUUGCUGGCAGGGCAGUUCAGUACCCAAUUUGUAAUGAGGCCCGGGGGGGUUGAGAGUGAGUUACCUUUAAAUACAUGUACAAACAGUCGUCAAUGGUAAUGGUAUUAAAAUAGAUUUAUUAUCCCUGA